CGUUUAUGGACAUGCAGCAUCCGAAUCUGGCGCUCCGAUGAAAAGUCGGAUCGUAGAAAACGCGCCACUGUUGUCGAUUGUCCGACCAGACGACGUAAUCAUGCGAACCGUCGAGCUGAAACAGGCCAACAUGGCGGACCGCCCGCGGAUGGUGUAACGCCAAGUGGCAAGUUAGCGACUCACUUCCCCCGACUGUGUCGAGGUGAUAAUGUUGCCAGCCUUGUAAGUGUCCCACCCGAACAAGACGAGGGGGAGGCACCGGUUCACAACCAGCUUUGGUCUCACGCCUUCGAAGACAAUCGACCAAGCCAACGUGUCGUACAGACGACAGGUCGGCAGCAUUCUUCUUAUCAUUUCAGCUGCGUAACAAUAUCGCACCCAUCCUGCCCAACUGUCGACAUGACGCCUAACCUCUCAGUUCACCUCACCCUCACCCUCACCCUCACCUUGGCUCCAUACAGCUUUGUUAACCGACGCCUUAUCUUGUGA